AUGUGCCUAGCAUUCAUGCAUCACGACUCGCCGGUGGGCAUCGUCGUUGCGGAGAGCCCAGCCACGACCGGGACCUCCGACCAAGUCCGCACGGUAGCAGGACACCAGGUCGCCAGUCAUCGGGCUCGCUCAGCAAGCAGGUCGCUCAGGCAUCCCGGUCCCCAGCAGGAAGCACGGCUCCAUGCCGCUGGUCCGCUCGGUAGCAGGACACCCGGUCGCCAGUCAUCUGGCUCGCUCAGCAGGCAGGUAGCUGAGGCGCCCGGUCCCCAGCAGGAAGCACUGCACCAGGCCGCUAUAAUAGCAGGCCACUGGUACGCAGGGGAGCCCAGCCACGAGCGGCAUCUCCAACCAGGUCCGCACGGUAGCAGGACACUCGGUCGCCAGUCAUCGGGCUCGCUCAGCAAGCAGGUCGCUCAGGCAUCCUGGUCCCCAGCAGGAAGCACGGCACCAUGCCGCUGGUAUGCAGGGGAACCCAGCCACGAGCGGUAUCUCCGACCAGGUCCGCUCGGUAGCAGGACACCCGGUCGCCAGUCAUCGGGCUCGCUCAGCAGGCAGGGGAGCCCAUCCACGAGCGGCAUCUCCGACCAGGUCCGCACGGUAGCAGGACACUCGAUCGCCAGUCAUCGGGCUCGCUCAGCAAGCAGGUCGCUCAGGCGUCCCGGUCCCCAGCAGGAAGCACGGCACCAGGCCGCUGGUCCACAGGAGAGCCCAGCCACGAGCGCGAUCUCUGACCAAGUCCGCAUGGUAGCAGCACACCCGGUCGCCGGUCGCCGGUCGUCGAGCCUUGAACCGCCGUUCGGCGAGCUGCCGUUCGAGAAUCCGCUCGCACCCACGCUCUGCACGCCGCUUCCUUGUUGGUGA